CGCGCUGCGCGCACCCGCUACACAGAACACCUGCCCGCGCAGCGCGUCGCAGGACUAAACACGGCAUUUAUUGACCAUUUUUGAAGGGAAACAAGCGUUGCAUCUGGUUAUUAUUUUAAAAAGAAAACAAACUGCGUGCACUAAUUAUUUUCGAAGUGCUAGUUUUGACAUGAACAGGGUUCUGAUGUGUGCACGCGUCAUUAGCGCAGUGGAGGAGAGCAGGAGCGUCUGUCAUUAGCUCAGUGUGUGUGUGUGUGUGUGUGUGUGUGUGUGUGUGUGUGUGUGUGAGGGAGCAUGAGUCCGCUGGCUCGGACCGUGCGCUAUCUGCUGCUGCGGCCGCAGACUCUGCUGCUCCUCGGCGGCAGUCUGGCUCUCUGGAGCGUCCUCGAGGUGAAGACCAUCCUGCGCUCCAGCCGCGACGCCGUCAGCAAGAUGAAGGGCCGGGUGGAGGAGAUGAUGCACAGCGAGGGGAUGCUGCAUGAGGGGUUCUCCAAGACGUGGCAGCACAAGAGCAGCGGCGCAGCGGUGUACUCCAUCCAGGGCAAGAGGGAUCACAUGGAGGACAGGUUCGACAUCCUCACAGACGCACUCAACCAGAGCCAUACCAACAUCUACGGCAUCUUCGAUGGGCAUGGAGGAGAGACGGCAGCAGAGUAUGCCAAGUCGCAUCUUUCCGUCAUGUUGCGGCAGCAGCUUCAGCGUUACGAGACGCAGAAGGAGAGCAGCACUCUGACCCGCCAGUCCAUCCUCAAACAGCAGAUACUCGACAUGGACAAAGAGAUCCUGGAGAAACUGUCGGCCUCCUAUGAUGAAGCCGGCACCACGUGUCUGGUGGCUCUGCUGUCUGAGAAGGAGCUGACUGUGGCUAAUGUUGGCGAUUCGAGGGCGGUUCUGUGUGAUAAAGACGGUAAUGCUGUCCCGCUGUCACAUGACCACAAACCCUACCAUCUUAAAGAGCGGAAGAGAAUCAAGAAAGCAGGUGGCUUCAUCAGUUUCAGCGGCUCAUGGCGUGUGCAGGGCGUUCUUGCCAUGUCACGUUCACUCGGCGACUACCCGCUGAAGAAGCUGAACGUGCUGAUCCCUGACCCCGACGUGCUGACCUUUGACCUGGACAAACUACAGCCUCAGUUCAUGAUUCUAGCGUCAGAUGGACUCUGGGACGCCUUCAGCAACGAGGAAGCCGUGCAUUUCAUUAAAGAGCGUCUGGAUGAACCGCACUUCGGUGCGAAGAGCAUCGUCCUUCAGGCGUUUUCCCGCGGCUGUCCAGACAACAUCACCGUGAUGGUGGUCAAGCUCAAGAAGAGAGGCUCCAAGGCCGCCGGGGAGUGAAGAAGACUCCGCUCUAAUAAUGUAAUAAGGGAACGAAAACAUGUUUGAGUGAAUGAGUGGCUGGAUGAAUGAAUAACAUUAUGCAUAAGUUUAACAUUAGAUUGUUUUUGGAGAAGCAAGUAUUUGUAUUUAAAUUGAAUAUUACAAAUCUAAGCAAUUACCUCCAUAUUAAAGGAAUAGUUCCCCUAUGGAACAUAAAAAUAGAACUUUUGAAGAAUCUAUUGAAAACUGUUCAAAUUCAUUAACAUUAUUCCUCACUCUGAUGUUUUUUGUUGUUGUUUUUUAUGUGUCCGGUUUGGUUAAAUUUCAGUGGUUAUUACAUAUGUAAUAUUUUUUG